AUGCCCUCGGAAUCAAAAUCCAACCCCCUCACAUCCCCCGCAGCACCAAUUGCCCUCCACCCCCACCACCUCCUCUCCCCACCCGCAGACCUCCUAACCAACAGCGCAACAACUUUAACAAUAGCAUCCACCAAGGAAACCAAAUCCUCCUCUCCUACCUUCACAGUCCACCGCAUCCGCACACACGAAGCCCCAGAUAGCCCAGACCGCACCGUCCUCCUCUACACCGUGUACGGGAAACCAUGGCCGAACACAAGUCACAUGAUCUGCGAUACCGAGGGCGUGCCGGUCCUUGUGUUGCGACGGGCUUGGUUAUCGCGGAAAUGGGCAUCUAGACUUCCUGGUCAGAACCAGGAUUUAUUGGUUGCUUCUGUGCCAUGGGCUGCCGAUGGACCUGGGGCAAGGGUUGGGGUUGGGGUUGGGUUUAAGCUUGAGGUGCGGUUUAACAAUGCGCUUGCAGUUAGGGAGGGAUCUGGGGUUGUAGGAGGGGUGGGAGGGGAAGUGGGUGGCGUGUCUGGUUCCGACGAGCCGCCGCCUUAUAGUGCAGUCUCUGGGGUUGGUGAAGAACCGGAUGGGCGUGCUCGUGAGGGGAAUGCGGGGGCGGUGCAGCGGGACGAGAAAGUACAUCCACCACUCCCCAAUUCACAUUCUGGGAGUCGAAUAGCAUCAUCGCCGAGAAAUACACAACGUACCAACUCUCCCUCCAUUCUCCCUUCCUACGACUCUGUCCGUCGAAACUGGCCUAAUCCUCUACGAGAUCUGCUCGAUGCACUUGAGCCGCCGCAAGAGCCGGUGCCGGCUGCAUUAUUUCCUGCGUCUGCGUCACGAAAUGCCAGUGUCAGUACCAGUUCAAGUUCCGGUCCUGCUGAUGCGGAAAUCAAUGCAGGCCCCGGUUCAAAAGUGGAGUUAAAAGUGUCACAUCAAGCUCCCUCGGGUACGGGUGUGAUGAUGGGUAACCAGAAGAUUAUGCAUAUCACGCGACACAAUUCGAUGGACUACAGUAAAUCCAAAAUGAAAUUGAGGCCGAGAUGGGAGGUUGAGGUUUCCGAAGGUGUUGAUUUGUUACUGGCAGUGAAUAUCGUGUUGAUUAUGGCUGAGUCCGUGUCAUCUUAUAAUGUAUGGAAGUAA